AAAAACUUUGCAGGAAAGAUAUCUGCAGAAGAGAGAGAAGCCCUGAAUGCCAUUGAAGAUGCGUUCUCUGUGAUGGAUGCUGAUCUUGAUUCAAUGCUGCUAACUGUAUCAGGGGUCAUUGAUUUAACUGACCUUAAUAGCAAUUGUGUCAGUGCCUUAGUUCAACGUACACUAUCCUUGUGUUGCAAGUUACAACAUGCUCCAAAUAAUGCUCUCUCAAAGAAUAUGAGGAAAGUUGUUAGUUUCUUGGAGGAGACUGCUAUCUCAAAGUAG